AUGUCGCCUCCCGCUGCCGUCGCCGUCGCCGGCAGAGGAACGAUCACUCACGUCAUCUUCGACAUGGACGGUCUUCUUCUCGACACCGAGAAGUUUUACACUGAGGUCCAGGAGAUCAUACUUGCUAGAUACAACAAAACAUUUGAUUGGUCUCUCAAGGCUAAGAUGAUGGGUAGAAAAGCUAUAGAAGCUGCCAGGAUCUUUGUUGAAGAAAGCGGGAUCAGCGACUCUCUUUCCGCUGAGGACUUCCUUAUCGAGAGGGAGUCAAUGUUGCAAGACCUCUUCCCUACUAGUGAGCUAAUGCCAGGGGCUAGCCGACUCAUCAAGCAUCUCCAUGCGAGAAAUAUCCCAAUUUGUAUUGCUACAGGUACUCACACGCGUCACUUUGAUCUAAAAACCCAAAGACACAAAGAGCUUUUCUCAUUGAUGCAUCACAUAGUUCGCGGUGAUGAUCCAGAGGUGAAGCAAGGAAAGCCUGCCCCAGAUGGCUUUCUCGCUGCUGCUAGGAGAUUUAAGGACGGUCCUGUUGAUCCACAAGAGGUUCUUGUGUUUGAAGAUGCUCCAUCUGGAGUUCUUGCUGCUAAAAACGCCGGAAUGAACGUGGUGAUGGUGCCAGAUCCUAGACUAGAUAUCUCUCACCAAGAAGUUGCAGAUCAAAUCAUAACUUCUCUACUUGAUUUCAAACCAGAGGAAUGGGGUUUGCCUCCAUUCGAGGAUUCAAACUAAACAUAUACAAGCUUCUUCAAGGUAAUGAUAAAGAAGUCAAAAUCAUGAAUAGGUGAGAAGCUUGAUUGUUUGUCUUGUUAUAUUGUUUUGGCGUUUACAUGACAAAUCAAUGGGGUUUUAUGUCGUCAAGGGUUAUGAUUUUUGGUUAUCGAAGCCAAAAUAGAAACUAUGUGGUGACAUGACAAGAGACCAAACAAAAAACUGCCUUAACGUUUAAACAAAAAAAAAUUGUACAAACUCUUACACCCAAGUCCCAACGUUGUGGCUCAUCUGCUUUUGUUUUUGUCGGUAGCUGAACUGAUUCCUUCUUUAUGGUUGGAAUCUCCAUUUGUUACGCAUCACUAACAUGUGUCAUUUACAA